AUGCUUCCCGGCCAAGCCAUUGCGCGCUCUGCACCCUCAAUGGGGGCGCGGAGGCAACUCCAGAGCAGAUGGGCGAACCCCCCAAGCGCCCUCUCACAAAGACUUGGCAACGCCCGCCGAUUCGGGUCGAUAUUCCCACAAUCCGGCCCGUCAAGCCUGACAGCAUCGCCGUUCCGAGCGCGAGCUACCGCCGCGCCCAUCACGCUCGGGCAUGUAUCUUCCCCUCGGCACUUCUCACUCUGGGGCUAUGGCAAGAAAAAGGCGCCCGAGGAAGCGCCCGCGGCCUCAAGGGCCGAGACAACCACAGCGACACCCGAGGCCGUCCGCCCCGUAGACCCAACCGCCGAGAACACGGUGCCCUCGCCGCCCACCGAGCCCGCCGUGCCAGCGUCAGAAGUUGACCUCUCCUCCAUCUCCGACAUCGUCAACGGGCGGGACAUUCUCAACAUGUCCGAACACAUCGGAUACCUCAAGGCUCUGGGCCUCGAUUUCGGCACCGGCCCCACGUCCGUCAUGCAAUGGGUCCUCGAGCACGUCCACAUGUACAGCGGCCUCGGAUGGGGGGCCUCCAUUGUCGCGACGGCCGUCCUCCUCCGCUGCGCCAUGUUCUACCCGCAGAUCCGCAGUCUCAAGUUCAACGCCGUCAUGCAGAACCUGCGCAAGGACCCCCGGUCCCAGGAAGCCAUGAAGCUCGUCCAGCAGGGCUUCGCAAACCAGGACAACGAGAUGCGCCAGAGGGGCCAGUACCUCAACAAGAUGCUCAAGGAGCAGUACGGCGUCAGCAACUGGGGCAUGCUGUGGUCCUUUGGCCAGAUCCCCUUCACCUUCGGGCUGUUCCGAAUAAUCAGCGGCAUGGCCAACGUCCCCGUGCCGGCCAUGGAGACGGCCGGAUACCUGUGGUUCACAGACCUGACGGCCACCGAUCCGUACUUUAUCCUCCCUGCCGCCGGCACCGCUCUCAUGGUUGGGGCUCUAGCCAUCAACGCCAAGUACACGCCCGAGUCGCAGAAGAAGAUGCUCAAAACAAUGACGUACGUCUUCGGCGUGGUCGGCUUCGUCUGCACUACUUUCCUCUCCGCCGCCGUCAAUCUCAUGACCGUUGCCCUCGGCGCGUCCACCCUCCUCACCGCCGUGGUCCUCAACAACGCCCUCGCCCGACGGACCGUCGGCUUGCCCCCCCACCCGGCCGCGACCUCACCCACCUCCAACAAAACGACCUAUGAGGCCCCGCGCGCGGCGGCCAACACCCCCGAGCCUGGCCUCCGGGAACGUCUGGAAUCCAGCCUCACCGACAUGAAGAAGGGCAUGUCUGACCAAAUUACAAAUUAUACCGGAGCAUACAGCGGCACCGAUGAGGAAAAGGCCGCGAGGAAGCGAAAGGAGCUGAUGCGCAAGCUGGAGGAGACGCGCAAGCAGCAAGAGCGAGACGAGUUUGAGAAGAAGUACAAGGCCAAGAGGUAG